CAAGAAAAUAGACAAUAUUUUUUUAAGAGUCACUGACCAUCGAAAAAUAACACUAAGAAUAUAAAAACGGGAAGCGUCAGUACGAACGCAGUUCCAAAGUAUCCUUGUUAAACAUGAAAACCUUUAUUGCGUCUGUCUGUCUUUUGACAGUUUUUAGUUUUUGCUAUGGUACACAACUGCCAUCCGUUUUCAAAAAAUGCAACGUAAAGCAGCCGAAUUUUGAAAAAUGUUUGGGCGACGCUAUCCAAGGUGCUAUUAAGCUAUUGAAAGACCCAAUUACUGAACUGGGUUUACCCUGCAUGGAUCCGUAUAAAGAGGAAAAUAUAACGCUGGAAAUAGGAAAUGCUACUGAGGGUUUGCGACAGGCAUGGAAGAAUUUAACAAUUGCGGGCUUGAGCAAACCCAUAGCUACGAAUGCCAGGUGGACUUCUGGGUCUAUUACCACCUUAGACCUCGAAGUAAGCUACGACCAAAAACUACUUUUCACCACUGACUAUCAAGCCCACGGCGCAGUUCUUCUUCUCCCGGUUGACGUGUCUUCUUCAUAUACUUGCGAAUUCGUAAAAGGUGGAAAGAUUAAAUCAACCUACAAGAUCAAACCACCUAAAAGAAGAAACGGAUAUUUCCAACUAAUUAGUACCAAGGUCUUAUUUGUGCCCAAGAAAACGAAAGUUACUUUUGACCGUUUCUUUGAAAAUCAGUGUUUAACUGAUGCAUUCAAUGCGGAGAUGAACGAGAAUUGGGAAGGAAUCUGGAAGUACAUUGAUGGGUUUUUAGGUGUUUAUGACGCAUAUUUUGAUGCUUUGUUCAGAAGCGUUUUGGAUAAAGUUCCGGCUGAUCAAAUUUUUGAUGGCUUGGAGUAGAACUGUGUGUUGUUGCGAAUUACAGUGUUCUUAGUAUGUAUACAGAGUGUUUUUAAAAUACAUUUACAAAAAAACUGCUAACG